UUCUUCUUAUACCCUAACCCCUAAAACCACUGCGCCUCCGACAUCGCCAUUACCAACGGCAACAUGGCCUCAGUCGCUAACGGUGGAGAAAAUCCGGCUGGUUUGGAGGCUCUUCACCGCCUUGCAUCCACAGAGCCGGCGCUCUACUUAACACAAUCGCCUGAGCUGUCGAAGUCAGCUCGUUUAGCCUCGGAGAGCUUGUUCGCUUUCCUCAAUCCUUAUGUUCCUAAACCUCUAUUGAGUCGUCUCUCGACGGAAGGCUUUGAUGCAGAACAGAUAUGGCAGCAAAUUGACCUCCAAGCCCAGCCCCUGCUCUCCUCCCUCCGCCGCCAAGUUAGAAAUUUCGAGAAGAAUCCAUCGGAAAUCGAAAAGCAAUUCAAUUUGGAUAGAGAUGACGUAAAAGAUGUUGAUUUGCGUGUAGAUGGAAAAAUUAAAGAAAACGAUAGCAUAGAAAGUGAGAGUGAGGAUUUUGAUGAUGAUGGAGAAGAAGAAGGGAAUGAAGAUGAGGAAGAUGAGGAUGAAGAGGGAGAAAAUGUGAAGGGAGUAGAGGAUAAGUUUCUGAAGAUAAAGGAAUUGGAGGAGUAUUUGGUAGACGACGAGGAAAGGGAAUAUGGUCUAAAGAAGGAGAAGAAAAUUAAGAGGAAGAGAGGUAAAAUUGCAGAUGAGGACGAUGAAGAUGAAAAUGAAGAAGAUGAUGAAGACGAGGAUGAUGAGCUUGGACUUAUGGGGCUUGGAGAUGAUGGUGAUGAUGGGAGUGACAUGGAGAAUGCGAGGUAUGAUGACUUUUUUACUUCUCAAAAGAAAACCAGCCAGAAGAAAAGGCCUAAGUAUGAUGAUGAAUCGGAUGACAUGGAUACAGAUGAACAUGAAAUUGAUGAUCACGAUCAGAAUGAACAAAGUCAUCCGACCCAAGGAAAAGAGCUAGGGCAACUCCGUGCUAAGGUUGAAGAGCUGGAAAAGGAAAAUUUGCAGGGCAAGACAAAACAAAGUCUUUCUACCCAUGAAAAAGAGCUAGAGAAACUUCGUGCUGAGAUAGAAGAAAUGGAGAGAGCGAACAUGGAACCAAAGACAUGGGCAAUGCAGGGCGAGGUCAGUGCUGCUAAAAGACCAAAAAAUAGUGCUUUAGAGGUCGAUAUGGAUUUUGACCAAAAUGUGAGACCUCCUCCAGUUACAACAGUGGAGGACACUGCAUCUCUUGAAGAAUUAAUUAUGAAACGUAUAACUGAGAGCCAAUUCGACGAUGUCCAGAGGCCACCUACUUUAUUAAACAAGGCACCAAAAGAGAGAAAAGAGAUGGAUGAAAAUAAGAGCAAAAAGGGUCUUGCUGAACUUUAUGAGGAUGAGUAUGCUCAGAAGACUGGCCUUGUCUCUACUGCAUUGUCUUUCUCAGAUGAACAAAAGAAAGAAGCAAGUAUGCUAUUCAAGACUCUCUGUCUGAAGUUGGAUGCUCUAUCUCAUUUCCAUUUCUGUCCGAAACCGGUUAUUGAAGACAUGUCCAUACAAGCAAAUGUCCCUGCUCUGGCUAUGGAAGAGGUUGCACCACUAGCUGUGUCUGAUGCAGCUAUGCUAGCUCCUGAAGAAGUAUUUUCUGGUAAAGGUGACAUUAAAGAAGAAACUGAGCUAACAAAGGCAGAUAGAAAGAGGAGAAGGGCAAAGAAGAAAAGACAGUUUAAAGCUGAGUCUGUCAAACGGAUGGCAGUAAAGGCAGAGCUGAACACAUUGAAGAAACCCGAGAAUGUCGCAGGGAACGGGGAAUCGUGAAACAGUUCGAAUGAAACGUUUCCUGCCUUUAACAGCUGUGACCGCCUUCUUCUAUUCCUGACACCUCAAUUAUUAUGCAAGUGGAAGAAGAAAAAAACUACCAGGGAAGCUGAGGAAGAGACAGAGGAGAAUAUAUACACGCUGAAUCUCGAUUGCUGGUGCGUUGAUCUCUGCUUGGAAAAUAUGAGUUUUCUUAAAUACACUCCGACCAUUGUAAUCGCAAUCCUCCAUUUUUGUCAAUUUAUACGCAAGAAAUAGGCUUUGUUGUUACCUGAAUCGAUUAUUAUUACUAAUGUCAGCUAUUGCUAAUCUUCAUUCA